AUGAGGCUGAUUCUGAUCAUACAGCUCACACUUAUAUACAUUUGUAAAAGUCAGGAGGCAGAUAUCAUGAAGCCAACAGUUAAUAUCAUCUCUGAUCUUCAGAAGCUUCAGACUUUGGUGGAAGGACUGUUGACAGACCUCAAUGCUACAAAAAGUGAACUGGUGAAACAGAAGGCCUUAGUGCAAAACCUUCAGCAACAGAUUACAGAGAGUCCUAAAGUGGCAUUCACAGCUUCUAUGACAUCAGAAGAGGACUUACACAGGGGGCCAUUCACCUCAGAGAAAAAACUCAUAUUUGAUAAAGUCCUCACCAAUAUUGGAGAUGCAUACAACCCCAAAACAGGUGUUUUCAUUGCCCCUGUUAAAGGAAUCUACUACUUCAGAUACUCUGGCUAUGCUUUUACAUUACACAAUAUGGGUUUGAGCAUCUUUAAGGGCAAUACACGAUUUGUAUCAUCAUAUGAACACACUUCGGGGGAGAAGAAUGACAAUGUUUCAAAUGGUGCUGUUAUGCAACUGAGCGCUGGGGAAGAGGUGCACAUGCGACUUUGGAUUCAGUCCUGGAUCUUUGUGGAUUAUCGCUAUAACUAUUCUACAUUCACUGGUUAUCUUCUUUACCCCAUUUAGUUCUCGUGAAAAUGAACAACGCUUAGUAACUAUUUAUGUUUGUCAUGACUCUCCAAGAUCUCAAGACAUGUGUGGUGUAUAGUUUCU